CGUUCGAGACCUAUAGGCUAUAGCUCGCGACGACUCCCCUCUUGCUUAAGAAGAGACGGAAGGGCAACUAUCCCAGGGCGGUGGAAGGGAAGCGAACGAUCGGUAUGGGAAUCGCCGGCAAUCUGACCGCAGAGCAGCUCGACUUCUUUAAUGUCAAUGGUUAUUUGGUCGUCGAAUCGUUCUCGGGCUCCGAAGAGAUCAAGGAGAUGAGAGACCGGAUGGAGGAGUUGUUGAACGGGUUUGACGGCUCCUACUCGUCCAUUUUCUCGACGACGAACCAGCAGCAACAUACGGAUGCUUACUUCUUUGAGAGCGCAGAGAAGAUCUCCUUCUUUUUCGAAGAGAAAGCAUUUGGAGAUGAUGGAUGUUUGAAACAGCCAAAGGAGCUCUCCAUUAAUAAAGUUGGUCAUGCCCUACAUGAACUAGAUCCCGUUUUCAAAAAGUUCUCAACCUCAGACAAGUUGUUGGGCAUGCUUUUUUCAUUGGAUUACAAGAAACCCGUGGUUAUACAAUCCAUGUAUAUCUUUAAGCAACCGGGCAUCGGUGGAGAGGUAACUCCGCACCAGGACAACUCAUUCCUGUACACAGACCCUCCCUCUUGCACAGGAUUAUGGCUGGCACUAGAAGAUGCAACCAUCAACAAUGGUUGUCUGUGGGCCAUUCCAGGCUCCCACAAGAAUGGUCUGAAGAGGAGGUUUAUUAGAGAUGAAAAUGGAGUACACUUUGAUGAACCUUCACCAUCCUAUGAUCAGAAAGAUUUUGUACCAUUAGAGGUCAAAGAAGGCGCUUUAGUUGUUAUACACGGCGACCUUAUCCAUCAAAGUUUCGAGAACAAGUCGUCCAAAUCAAGGCAUGCCUUGAGUUUGCAUGUUGUAGAAACUCAAGAACGUGAAUGGGCAAAGGAUAACUGGAUUCAAAGAAAAGUUGAUCCAGUGCCACUUUAUGCUCGUUAACUCGAGCAGUCAAGAACAAGAAACAAGUGCCCCUCAAAAUAAAACGGGUAAUGUAUCAAAUUGCACCCGUUUUAGUUGAUAUUUUUUCUUUAAAAUGCCCUGUUAGAUAGUUUAUAUCAAAUCUUGAUGAUAUUAAGUUUGUGGGAUUAAACCAUAGACAUGCAAAUUGACAUUUCUUUAGCAUCAUCUUAAAUGCUUAAGUUAUUCCAAUGUGGGAAA